AUGGCGAAGAGAGAGAUUAGUAGCACUUUGAGGAAUCUAAAGUUUAUGCAAAGGUCUGCUUUGAAAGAGGAGAAGAAGAAGAUUGAUGAAGAGCCCAAUGAGAGUUUUUCUUCUCUCGGAGGUGUUGCAAAGAAGUGUGUGGUGAUGACAGACUGGGAUCCUCAGCCAGUAGCAUUGUUAGGACGCAUGUCGUUUCAGUCUUUCAACCCUUCUAUCGAGAAACUGAAUGAAGAGGCGAUAAGUGGUCGAGAAACAGAUGCUUCUUCCACAAGCUCUAGCAGUAACGGAGGAAGAAUGUCUUUUAGUGAGCCGAGGGUUGAGCCAAGCAGGGAGACAAAUGGUGAGUUGAAAAGAAAAAAGUCUGAGGAACAAAACCAUCCUAGCAAAUCCCCGAGGAGCAGUGAUAAACCAUCAUCGAGCAAAAAGAAAGGCGGCGAUGGUUUCAAGAAACCUAAGAGCAGGAAGGAGGCCUGGAGCGUUAUGAAGCCACCAAAACAACCUCAAACCAACAAGGGUUCAAGUUAG